AUUGGUCCAUGUAAAGAAGAAACCUUUUUAUAAUAAGCUACAUGUACUUUUGAGUACAAUGUCCAGUACUAGAACCACCUUAAUCGACUCAAGAUUUGGCGAUUUCCUUGCAACAUUCACCAUAUCAAACUGCGGCUAUGUUUCACUACGCACGUGUACUAUUAUUGUUGGUUUCUACAUUGUUAUAAUUAGCAUUGUUUUCAAUGUGAUUUUGAUGAUUAUUGUGAAGAAAUGGCAAAAUGAACUUAGAGAUUACCAUGUGUUUCAUGUUGAAAGUGAGACCACACAAGCUGAAGAUACCGCUGGUCAAUCUAAAGAAAGAAGAAUUGCACCUUCGUCGUCAAAAAUGUCAAUGACAUCAAAGAGGUCCAGAUACAGCAUUAUCUCAGUGGUUGCCACCCCAGAUUUGCUACAUGAGGCAGCUAAUCAACACUUAACAUGGUAUCAACGUUCUGUGUUCUGUGUUCUGAUAUUUAAUACCAUUAAGUGCAUUGUGGGAGUAUGCAUCCUGGUGGACACAUUCAUUGUUCUAAAUUGGAUGAUAAAGAUAUGCACCAUCGUGUUUUUCAUGAUUACCAUUGUACAAGCAAUAAGCUCCUUAUUGGUAGCUAUAUACUUGGAGAACAAAGUAGCUGUUAUAUUGAUGGCUGUUCUUUUUAGUGUAAAUUUAUUCUCAGUCGUUGUGCUUUGGAGUUACUACACAGAACAAACUACAAGUUAACUACUGUCACAGCUGAGAUAUUGUUGAAUUUUACCUCAAUACAAUUGCACCAAUAUAUUGUACAAUUUUGUUGCAAUAAAUUUGGUGAGCAGUAA